AUGCCAUAUGAAGACUGUGUAGAGCAAAGAGUUAAGCAGAAGCUAAAAAAUCCUCCCACGUUAAAUGAUGGCACUACCAUGGCUAUAAAUCCUCCCACGCUAAAUGAUGGCACUACCAUGGCUGUAAAUCCUACCAUGUUAAAUGAUGGCACUACCAUGGCUGUAAAUCCUCCCACAUUAAAUUAUGGCACUACUAUGGCUGUAAAUCCUCCCAUGUUAAAUGAUGGCACUACCAUGGCUGUAAAUCCUCCCACGCUAAAUGAUGGCACUACCAUGGCUGUAAAUCCUCCCACGUUAAAUGAUGGCACUACCAUGGCUGUAAAUCCUCCCAUAUUAAAUGAUGGCACUACCAUGGCUGUAAAUCCUCCCAUGCUAAAUGAUGGCACUACCAUGGCUGUAAAUCCUCCCACGCUAAAUGAUGGCACUACCAUGACUGUAAAUCCUCCCACGCUAAAUGAUGGCACUACCAUGGCUGUAAAUCCUCCCAUGCUAAAUGAUGGCACUACCAUGGCCGUAAAUCCUCCCAUGCUAAAUGAUGGCACUACCAUGGCUGUAAAUCCUCCCACAUUAAAUGAUGGCAACUACCAUGGCUGUAAAUCCUCCCACGCUAAAUGA